AACGCCACUACUGCGCAUGCGUUCACAAGUAGAGCUUUUCACUGCUGUGUCUGAAGUCAAAUGUCGCGUAGAACACAAAUGGAUUUCUAAACAAAAUAUUUACACGGCUUUAAUGCAUUGACAUAUUUAGGACAGCUGUCAUUUUUUAGCUAUCGGAAUAGCACGUAAUCCGUAGUGUCGCUAGUGUUCUUGCUUUGCCUGUAAUAUGUUUACAUCCCAGACCUCUUCCUUCCAGGAGUCCAUAGACGUGGAUGAAAGGGAUGUAGACUUCGACAACGAAGAGAUCGCCGGAUUCAGCCAGAAGAUACAACAGAUUAAUUGCUACUAUGCAAUAUACUACUACCAAAACACAAGAUCUGAGGCUUCUGGAGAGAGUGUGGCCUGGAGCCAGAGGAGAUCAGACUCAACAACAAGUCAGGAUGACUUUAGUCUCACCCUGCUGGAUGACAGCUUGCCAUCCAAUGCGGAACCAGAACUACGAAGCUACAUCUCCCGCAGGCUGAGCAAGGGCGCUUUGCUGGGGGGUAUGGGUAACAUUGCCACCGUGGAACUAAGCAUCCCUGAGCAAGCGGUGGGCUGUUACUGCUGUCUUCUGGAGCAAGAGAAAUCUCCGGAACAGCCUGAGGCCGAUGGCAACGGCUGGGUGGUGUGUCUUCUCGGAGGAUCAGAGAAGGGCCUGAAUCUAUUCAGAAUUGAGCUGGACAAGUACGUCCAGGGUCUGCAGGGCUGUUUGACUCCAGAGAUGCUUAACUUGGAGACAGAUGUCAGGCCCUACCUGAACCAGUGGUAUGAAGAGUCAGUAAUGCACAUUCACAGAGUGGUUCAUCUGUUGCAGGGGAACGUCGGGUACCUUCUGCAUGCUGCUUUGAGUCACAAGCUCGUAGAGGUCACGGGGACGGAUGAGAAGACAGAAGCAGAUGUAGCAAGAUUCAUCAAAGCAGCAAGCCUGCAGGGUCUAGUCCAGGAAGACACCACUACAGCCUCCCUCUGUAAGGCCAUGUCAGAGGACUCUCACACCAAACUGAUCAUCAACUUCUCAACCAGCCCUCCCACACUAACCAAUGAAGUCAGUAACCGGUUCUGUGACGACUGGAUCCAAGCCUUCCUCAAUGCUUCUGAGCGCUUUAACCCUUUCCUCCUCCGUCAGAUCCUGGAGAACUUUAAACUUAAGGCCAUCCAAGACAUGAACAACUUGAAGCGCUUCAUCCGUCAGGCUGAAAUGAGCCACUACGCUCUGUUCCGCUGCUGUCUGUUCCUGCAAAGCUGUGGAAACGGGGAUGUGCUGCUGCAGAACGCACGUGCCGAGCACAGCAGCUUUCCCGAGGCCUGUGGAAUCAUAAACGUGCUGGAGGAGUUCCUCGGUGAGGAGGCGCAGGGCACGUUGUACUGACACCUUCCCGUCUGCAGGGGGCACAGUGUUUCAUACACUUAGAGCACCUUGAAAGGAGUUACCCCUGAAUUGGCUUUAUGCACUGCUGCACUACUUCCUGAACUUAAGCCAGCUCCUUUGUUUCCUGUCUCCCAUUAUUAGACAAAUUGAUUAGUUCAGGUGUGCCUAACCUCAGUAGUCACAGCAACAAUAAUCAGACACACCUGAAUUAAUCAAGCUUGGCCAAUAAUGGCAGACAGGAAACAAAGGAGCUGGCUUAAGUUCAGGAAGUAGUGCAGCUGUGCAUAAAGCCAAUUGCUAUUCAGCCCCCAUAAUCAUAGCAGUGUGGUCUGCAUUUUGGGCACUCACUCUAACACUAAAUAUAGUCCAUCUUUUUUUGUGUUUUGAGGUUCAACAGCAAUAUUUAAAAAGGAUUUUGCUAUGAUGUGAUUCUGUAUGUUGUUGUGGGUGCUUAAAAAUUAUAAUCUGAAUAGACCCAAUAAAAUGGGCUACAAAUCAAUGUGAUUAAGCUUUGUUUAAAUGAUUCUUCUUAAUAAUGUGUAUAAUGUUAACACACCAGUGUUUUAAUGUGAUUCUAAGUUGUAGUCUCAGCUGUGAAGCAGUCAUUGUUUAGAUUCUAAAAACAAGUGUUCAGCAGACUGCACUAUACAUUAUAUAAUCAUGAAGCUCUCCACAAGCUAAUAGCCUAUUAUCACUCCACUCCAUUUCAGUAGAAAAAAUGACAUUGACCUGCAUAAUGAAUUGCCUGUUUUAUAAUUUUAUUUUUAGGUAAGUGUAUACUUUGAUGGUUUUGAUAAUCCUUUUUGUUCUUGUU